AUGGUGGCAAGUUCCUCUUCGAGAAACGCCGGCGGCGUCUUCGGCAUGUUUGGCGCCGCAGCACAGCAUCUCAACACGCAGGAUCAAAACAGCAAUGCAUUUGCUUCCACCUCGGGUGCUUCGAUCUGGGACGAACCAGGCCGCACCAUGGACCUCGUCUUCAUCAUGGACGCAACAGGCUCCAUGGGCAGCUACAUCAACUCGGCCACCAAAAAUAUCGAGACCAUCUGCGAAAACAUCAUCCGCUCCGAGCAGCUCAGCGGACCAGGAGCGCUCCGCAUCGGUCUCAUCGCCUACCGUGACCACCCACCGCAGGACCAUACCUAUGUUGUCAAGAAUUUUGGCUUCCACAACAAGGUCGAAAAGGUCAAAGAGGCGCUCAAGACACUUUACGCUUCCGGGGGCGGCGAUGGUCCUGAAGCCGUCACGGCUGCCAUGAAGGCUGCGCUCGACCUCGACUGGCGUCCACACGCUACCAAGCUUGCCGUCUUGAUCGCCGAUGCUCCACCUCACGGCAUCGGUGAGUAUGGCGACGGCUUCCAAGAGGGUUCUCCCGAUGGUCAGGAUCCGCUGCGGCUCGCACGCCAGUACGCAAAGGCGGGCAUCCCGCUCUUCAUGAUUGCAUGCGAGCCUGCACUCUCGGGCUACCAGCAUGCUGCCGACUUUUUCCAAGGUCUUGUCCAGAUCACCGGCGCCAUGCUUGUCCCACUCACUACCGCCAGUCUUUUGAGCCACGUCAUCCUGGGUAUCGCGGGCGAAGCAAUGGAUCUCGAACGACUGCACCGCGAAAUAGGCGAUGCCAUCGCUGAGCGCAUCCAGUCGCUGAGCCUGGAAGGAGGGCAGACGAACCCGAUGGACGAUGUCGCCCGGGAGCUUCACGAGAGGCUGCUGCUGCGCAACGAAAACACCAAGCAACUCUACAUUGAAAGCAUCUAUCGCGACACGGAAGAGUCGCGCCACAAUAUCCAGGUGUGGGCUACAGCACCAGACCUUGCCGCGGCCAAGCCCAACAUCAAGCGUGUCGCUGGUUCGCGUCUCAGUGAUAAGUACCUGCAGACCAAAAGAGCCACGUCGUCGUACAAGCCGUACGUGCCGUUCCCCAAACCAGCCGGUGGCACAAGCUCGAGUAGCGCUUUCGGCAGCUCCACGUCCUCGGCCUCUUCGCCGCCAUCGUUCUCGCAAUCUGGCUCGCGCAAAGUCGUGGCCGAAUUCAGCGCCUUUAGCGCAAGCCCAGGCAUGAGCUUCCAACACACGGGUUCGCCGCCGUCGACCAGCACGCCCACGUUUGGCAGCGUUCCGCCUCGCAUUCAAAAUGGCGGGUUCGGUUACAAGGGCCCGGAAGGAUUCGCCUACCGCAGCAGGGAUGCAGCCAUGAUGGACGACGAUGACGAUGACGACGCGCUGAGGGUCGACGGCACGUUUGCAGCCGAGGAGGAAGAGGCCAAGGACUCCAAGGCGCUGCCGGUGGAGGUUGGUGAGGAUGGUGUGAUUCAGGUGCAGGGUGAGGAUGGACAGACGCUGGCGUACCGACAGGGAGCCAUCUCGUUGGAUCAGGUGAGGAGGCUGGCGAUGCAGUCGGCUUACCGUGGAGGGCUGGCUUCUGAUUGA